GCACCAGAAGCUGAGACUGGGAGGGGCUCAGAUGCCGCUGUCCCAUCACGCAUCUUCAGCUCCUGCACCGCAACAAGCCACAACCGACCUUCGCGCCCAUCUUCAUGGUCUAAGCAAGCCGGGGUCUUGACGCUCGUCCACUAGGCUAAAGGCGCUGGAUCCGCUAGUGCCAUCCCAGGGCUGACACUGCUAGGCACUUUUUGUUGCGCUUGCGGACGUCGACUCGUACUGCUAACCUGACGACCGCAAACAUGACCUACUGUUUGGCGCCGAGUACCGGUGACAGGGGAAGAACGACGACCCAUCGCGCUGGCAGCCUAUCAGUAUAAUGGCUUGCUUCGUAGACACAGCCUGGUACCACGCUAACGGAGGACUUGGGCCUACUGCUGUGCGUGGUUCAAGGCUGUCUCCUCUUGUUCCUCGACCUUCCUUCGCUCCUCAAUCUUGUCUUGUCCAGACCAACUGUCCCAUACAGCAGCAAUCAUGAUCGCCAGAACAGGGUUCGGCGUAGCCAUUGCAACUGCUUUCUCUGCUCUACCAAGCAAGGCAUGGAAACUUGACCUGCCUCACGCCACACGCUCCGUGGACUUGCCCGGGGACGGGUGGACGCCCAGGCCGACAGCUCCUCCCGGCGGCUUGCGGCCGUUGAUCAAGCGUCAGAUCAACUCUAACGACAAUGAAGAUGGCACCACUGUGCUCAUUGCCCCGGACAAUACUUGCGGCUUCAUCUCUGCCCGCCCAGGCGCCCUCUUCGCUUGCUCUCCCACUUAUAGCUGUGUCUUCUUCACCGCAUCGGCACCCUUGACCGGCAACGUCGCUUGCUGUGACGACUUCCAAUGCGGUGCUCGCAUCAGCUGCAUCGACUACGACUCAUACUACUCAUCCAGCGCUUGCGACGAUGGCUGCCGUGUGGAUGCGUUCACUGUCAAGUGUAUGGACUCAGCGAUGCCUUAUUGCAACACGAUUUCAUUCGCAGAUGAUAUUUAUGACUACUGGUGCAAUAGUCUCGAUAUCAGCACGGCGCAGUCGGCCUCCACUGCGUACUCAGGUCAAACUGGGCGCCAGUUCUCGCCUUUACCGUUGGAUGAUCCAGAGUCCUCGCUCACGCUAGAAGCGGAGUCGGAGAUUCCUGGCGCAACUGUCACCGCGGAUCCUACUUCGACGGAUGGCGGCGACAACGGAGACAAGAAAGACGAUGGUGACGGCGACAACGACAAGGGCAACGGCAACGGCAAGGACAACGACAACGACGAUGAUGGUGACAAUGGCACUCCUAUUGGUCCCAUUGUAGGAGGUGUCGUUGGUGGUAUAGGUGCCAUUGCUCUCGGUGGUCUGGGGCUGUGGCUAUUCUUCCGCAAGAAGAAGAAGAAGCAAGCCGCCGCCGCCGCCGACGCGUCUGCCGUCACAUCUCCCACCAUGGCCUACGCCCCGCCGCAUCAGGGACCCUCGCCAGGGAACCCUCAACAACCUUUCCAGCAACCGACGUACUACGACCCCAGCGAGGGCGGCGCAAUGGGCGCAGCGUACAGCUACGCACCCCAUCAGCAUCCACAGCAUCAGCAUCAGCACCCAGGUGGCUUUCAUUCCAUGGGCAAUACUCCUCCACCGAAUAGCGUCAGCCCCACGAUGUCUUACCAUGACGGAUCGAGCCCCUCGGCUGUAUAUCCUUCCGGCUUCACCGUUUCCCCUCAGGCCACCGAUAACCGUAACUCGAUGGCAAACCCUGGGGUGAUCCACGAGGCGCCGUCGAGGCCGGAAGACACGCAGAGGGGAGGAGGAGUGCAUGAGAUGGCUUGAAGGUACAACGUGUGAGGAUUUGUAGACUCUUGAGGAGUAUGAGUGCGUACAGAAAGGCGACUCAUACGAUGACCAUGUGCAUUUGACGAUAGAGUACCAUUCAAGCUACAA